GAAGAUUCUUCACCACAGAAGUGAUGUCUUAGAAACUGUAGUCCUGAUCAAUCCCUCAGAUGAAGCAGUUAGUACUGAGGUGCGCUUAAUGAUCACAGAUGCUGCAAGACACAAGCUCCUUGUACUAACUGGACACUGCUUUGAAAACACAGGAGAACUCAUUCUUCAGUCAGGGACCUUCUCCUUCCAGAACUUCAUUGAGAUCUUCACGGAUCAAGAGAUUGGUGAAUUAUUGAGUACCACACACCCUGCCAACAAAGCCAGCUUAACUCUUUUCUGCUCUGAGGAAGGAGACUGGAAAAAUUCCAACCUUGACAGACACAACCUUCAAGACUUUAUUAACAUUAAACUCAACUCAGCUUCCAUAUUGCCCGAAAUGGAAGGACUCUCUGAAUUCACAGAGUAUCUGUCAGAAUCAGUAGAAGUGCCAUCACCCUUUGACAUUUUGGAACCUCCAACUUCAGGAGGCUUCUUGAAACUCUCCAAACCCUGCUGUUAUAUUUUCCCAGGUGGAAGAGGGGACUCUGCAUUGUUUGCAGUGAAUGGUUUCAACAUGCUUAUCAAUGGAGGAUCCGAAAGAAAAUCUUGCUUUUGGAAACUUAUCCGGCACUUGGACAGGGUAGAUUCCAUUCUACUCACUCACAUUGGAGAUGAUAACCUGCCAGGAAUCAAUAGCAUGCUUCAGCGAAAGAUAGCUGAAUUAGAAGAGGAACAGUCCCAAGGGUCUACUACCAACAGUGACUGGAUGAAAAAUCUGAUCUCACCUGAUUUAGGAGUUGUAUUCCUUAAUGUACCUGAGAACCUGAAGAACCUGGAUCCUAACUUUAGAGUAAAAAGGAGUGUAGAAGAAGCUUGUUUUACUCUCCAAUAUUUAAAUAAAUUGUCUAUGAAACCAGAACCUCUUUUCAGAAAUGUAGGAAAUACCAUUGACCCCAUCAUUUUAUUUCAGAAAAUGGGAGUUGGCAAACUUGAGAUGUAUGUGCUUAACCCUGUCAAAAAUAGCAAAGAGAUGCAAUAUUUUAUGCAACAGUGGAGUGGUACUAGCAAAGAUAAAGCUGAAUUCCUGCUACCAAAUGGCCAAGAACUAGACAUUCCAUUAUCCUAUUUCAACUCUGUCUCAUCCCUGAUUGUGUGGCAUCCAGCUAAUACUGCAGAAAAAAUAAUCCGAGUUCUGUUUCCUGGAAACAGCACCCAAUAUAAUAUUCUAGAAGGACUAGAAAAACUCAAACACUUAGACUUCCUUAAACAACCAAUGGUUACACAAAAAGACCUAACUGGGAACAUUGCUAGUCCAGCUGUGAAACAAGCAAAGUUGAAACAACGAACAGACAGCAAGGAGAGUCUGAAGCCUGCUGCAAAGACACCAAGCAAGCCUGUCAGAAAGGAAUCUAAAGAAGAAACACCAGAGCCUGCAAAGCCUAGUCCAGCACUGGAAAAGCUUCAGAAAUUGGAAAGCAAAGAAAAAGUUCCAGUUAAAAAAGAGAAACCAGCAAAAGUGGAGACCAAACCUAUAGUGGCAGAAAAAGACGUAACAAGUAAAGAAGAGCAAUUAGUAAAAUCUGAAACUCCUGAAAAACAAGCUACAGAUGUAAAAACAAAAGUGGCAAAGGAGAAGCCACUGAAAAAGGAAGUCAAAGCAAAACCUGAAGAAAAGAAAGAGGAAAAAGAAAAACCAAAGAAAGAGGUUUCUAAAAAAGAGGAGAAAACACCCAUCAAAAAAGAGGAAAAACCCAAAAAAGAAGAGAUCAAGCAAGAAGUUAAAAAAGAGGUGAAAAAGGAAGAGAAGAAGGAAACUAAGAGGGAAGUAAAGAAAGAAGCUCCACCAAAGGAAGCUAAAAAAGAAGGUAAAAAAGAAGAGAAGAAGGAAAUUAAGAAAGAAGAAAAAGAAGCCAAAAAGGACAUCAAAAAGUUUCCUAAAGAAACAAAGAAGACAGCUGCUCCUUCAACUGAAGUCAAAAAGCCAGCAGCAAAGCCUAAACCACAAAAGAAGGAGGAACCUGCUAAAAAAGAAGCAGUACCUGCUGGAAAGCCAAAGGAAAAAGGAAAAAUUAAGACUGUGAAGAAGGAGAUCAAAGUCAGUGGAGCGCAAGCUGCCCUUGCAGCAGUUGGAGCCACUGUAGCAGCUGCAGAAAUUACAGCUAGUGGAAAAGAACUUGAAGUGGAGAGAUCCCUUAUGUCUUCACCAGAGGAUUUAACAAAGGAUUUUGAGGAAUUAAAAGCUGAAGAAGUAGAAACAAUAAAAGAAACAAAACCUCAAGUUGCACUUAUAGAGGAUGAACUGAAACUCACUGGCACAGAACAAAAAGAGGCCUUUGAAGUCCAAAAAGAAAAAUUAGAUAAUGAAGGACCUGCCGAGUCCUCUGAUGAAGGCAUAACUACCACAGAGGCUGAGGGUGAGUGUGAACAAACACCCGAAGAAUUGGAAUCUGUGGAAAAGCACAGGGUUGAUGACAAUGAAAAGUUUGAAGAUGAGGGAACUGGCUUGGAAGAAUCAUAUGAAGCAGGAGAUUAUGAGGAAAAGGCAGAGACAGAAGAAGCUGAAGAACGAGGUGAAGAUGAGGAAGUAAAGACAUCACUGGACACCACAAAACUAUAUAUGGAGGAAGCAAGAAAAAUGGAAGAGAGUUCAGAAGAAAUAAUGGCUGAAGCAGAUGCUAACAUUAAAGCCAAAAAAUAUAUUGAAAAGGCAGAUGAUGAGGCAUCAGAUGAACGGGCUGAGGAAGACAGGGAAGAAGCAGUAGAAAAGGCAGAAACUGAAGAGACUGAAGAAGAGGAGGAAGACAAAGCAGAAGACAUCAGAGAUGAAGAGGAGAUUGAAAAAAUAGAAGCUGAAGAAGAUUAUGUGAUGGCUGUGGUAGACAAAGCUGCAGAAGCUGGUGAAAUUGAAGAUAAAUAUGGCCUACUCAUAAUUACACCAACAAAACGCUCAGAGCCUCAGUCUCCAGCAGUUGAACUGGCCUCUUCUAUCCAUGAUGAAACAUUACCUGGUGGUUCAGAAAGUGAAGCCACUGUUUCUGAUGAAGAAGAUAGAGAAGAUCAACCUGAGGAAUUCACUGCUACUUCAGGUUAUACACAGUCUACCAUCGAAAUAUCCAGUGAACCAACUCCAAUGGAUGAAAUGUCUACGCCCCGGGAUGUCAUGAGUGAUGAAACUAACAAUGAGGAAAGCGAGUCACCUUCUCAAGAGUAUAUGAACAUUACCAAGUAUGAGACAUCACUGUACUCUCAAGAAUUUGCUAGACCUAAACUUUCUCCACUUCCGGAUGCUUUUAAUGGAUUAUCAGAAGGAUCCAAAACAGAGGCCACAGAAGGUAAAGACUAUAAUGCCUCAGCUUCUACCAUCUCACCACCUUCUUCAUUAGAGGAAGACAAAUUCUGCAAAUCUGCAUUCCAAGAUGUAUAUUGGCAAAAAGGAAGUGAAAUCCAAGGCACUGCCAAAUUAGAAAUCAAAGAACCCUAUCCAGAAGAUGGUGGAAAACGUAGUCCAGCCAAGAGUCCAGCUGAGAGUUUGUCCCCUCCAUCACCCGUUGCCAAAACACCACUGAGUGAACGUAGUGUGAACUUUUCGCUCACUCCCAAUGAGAUCAAGGUCUCGGCUGAGCCUGUCCCCAUUGCUACAUUGCCUGAUGUACAUCAAGAAGUUGCCGAAGAGCACUGUGCAAGCCCUGAAGAUAAAAUGUUAGAAGUAGCAUCUCCCUCACAGUCUGCUACUGGUAGUGCUGGCCACACACCUUAUUAUCAGUCUCCCACUGAUGAAAAAUCCAGUCAGCUUCCCUCUGAAACUAGUGAAAAGUCAACAGAAGCUCCUGUUAGCUUUGAACUCAGUGAAGUCAAAGAUGAGUCUGCAAAACCCAGAAUAAGCCCUAUGGAUGAGCCUGUGCCAGAUUCAGAAUCUCCUAUUAAAAAGGUUCUCUCGCCUCUACGGAGUCCACCACUAAUAGGUUCAGAGACCACUUAUGAUACAUUUUUGAGUGCUGAUGUAAAGUCUCCCACCAGAGAUUAUGGAAGUCCUUCUGAGGGGAAACCUGAAAAAGAAAAAUCCCCUGUUCAGAUGAGCUCAGCUUCUGAAGCCAGCUCUGUGGGCCUUUUCCAAGAAAAACAAGAUGAAAAAAGCAUGGAGUUUAUGGUAAUUAAGGAAGGCUUCAGCCUAGAAAGGAAAAUGGAGGAUACAGAACCCAGCAGCUCCCAGUCUUCACUGGUCUUGGAUGAGCGGAAGUUAGCAGGUGAUCUCUUACCUACUCAAAUAGAUAUUGGUCAGUUUGGUUCCUUAAAAGAAGACACCAAAAUGUCAAUUUCUGAAGGCACUGUUUCUGACAAGUCUGCAACUCCAGUUGAUGAGGUCAUAGCAGAAGACAUCUAUUCCCAUAUAGAAGGAGUAGCUUCUGUAUCUACAGCAUCUGUUGCUACUAGUUCAUUUCCAGAACCAACUACUGAUGAUGUAUCUCCUUCUUUGCAUGCUGAGGUUGGAUCCCCCCACUCUACUGAAGUUGAUGAUUCCCUUUCAGUGUCAGUUGUACAAACACCAACAACAUUUCAGGAAACAGACAUGUCUCCAUCUAAGGAAGAGUGCCCAAGGCCCAUGUCAAUUUCUCCACCAGAUUUCUCACCUAAAACCGCAAAAUCAAGAACCCCAGUGCACGAUCACAGAUCUCCUGAGCAGUCAACUAUGUCAGUAGAAUUUGGUCAGGAGUCCCCUGAGCAGUCUUUAGCAAUGGACUUUAGUAGGCAAUCUCCAGACUAUCCUACUGUAGGCACUAGUAUACACCAUAUAUCUGAAAAUGGACCGACAGAAGUAGAUUAUAGCCCUUCAGAUAUACAGGAGCCUAUUUUUGCACAGAAGAUUUCCCCUGUGGAGCAGUCAUCUUACUCUCAUGAGAAGGAUAUUUCAGAAAUUAUUUCAGUUUCUCAAAUUGAAGCUUCAUCCUCAACAUCAUCAGCUCAUACACCUUCCCAGUUAACUUCACCACUGCCAGAAGAAACUUUUUCAGGUGCUGUUCCACCCAGAGAUAUGUCACUACAUUCUUCUUUUACCUCAGAAAACGUGCAGAGCCUAGGAGAAAAGCUGUCACCAAAGUCUGACCUAUCUCCAUUAACUCCAAGGGAAUCUUCUCCUCUGUACUCUCCUAGUUUUCCAGAUUCACCUCCUGCAAUCACAGAAGUGGUGUCAGCUAGUCACACAUCUUCAUUGUUGCUGCAAGUGUCCUCUGUCAAAGCAUUUGGUUACCAGGAACCUCUAACAAAGCACAGUCCAGAACCUUUAAUCAGCCCAGAAAAAGAAGAUUCAGAGAAAAGCAGCAGGUCACCAGAAGAACUUAGUUAUUCUUACAAGGCCACAGAGAAAACUACUAGGUCACCAGAGGAUAUUAGCUACUCCUAUGAGGCAGUUGCAAAAUCUAGAUCACCUCAGGCCACAGAUUAUUCCUAUGAGAUAACAGGGAAAGCUACUAGGUCACCUGAGGCCACAGAUUAUUCUUAUGAGAUGACAGGGAAAACCAUGAGGACACCAGGAGUCACAGAUUAUUCCUAUGAGAGAAUUGGGAAAGCUACCAGAUCACCCGAUACUAUGGAUUACUCCUAUGAGACAACAGGGAAAGCCACCAGCUCACCUGAAGCCACAGAUUACUCAUUUGAGACAACUGGGAAAACCACUAGGUCAUCCAAAGCUACUAGCUAUUCCUAUGAAGCAAGUGCACAUUUUACUCCAGGAAAAUCGUUAGCAGAAUCCCGUCAAGAUGUUGACUUAUGCCUUGUGUCCUCCUGCGAAUAUAAACAUCCUAAAACUGAACUUUCACCCUCAUUUAUCAACCCAAAUCCCCUUGAGUGGUUUGCAAGUGAAGAACAGUCUCAAGAUCAAGAGAAGCCAUUAACUCAAUCUGGGGGAGCCCAGCCGCCUUCUGGGGGAAAGCAGCAAGGGCGGCAGUGUGAUGAAACCCCUCCCACAUCCAUGAGCGAGUCUGCCCCAUCUCAGACUGAUUCGGAUGUUCCUCCCGAGACUGAGGAAUGUCCUUCCAUCACUGCAGAUGCUAACAUUGACUCGGAAGAUGAGUCAGAAACCAUUCCGACGGACAAGACAAUUACGUACAAACAAAUUGACCCACCACCUGUCCCGAUGCAGGAUCACAGCCCUUCCCCUAGGCACCCUGAUGUCUCCAUGGUUGAUCCAGAGACUUUGGCCACUGAUCAGAAUUUGGGUAAAUCUUUGAAGAAGGACCUCAAAGAAAAGACAAAGACAAAAAAGCAGGGUACUAAGACCAAGUCGUCUUCUCCUGUUAAAAAAAGUGAUGGUAAAUCAAAACAAGUGGCUUCACCAAAACCAGCUGUAAAAGAAUCUUUAGACAAAAUUUCCAAAACAGCUUCUCCAAAAAAGAAGGAGUCUGUGGAGAAGGCAAUCAAAAAUAUCUCUAAUCCAGAAGUAAAGUCUCGAGUGGAAGAGAAAGAUAAGGACACCAAGAAUGCAGCAAAUACAACAACGUCCAAGUCAACAAAGACUGCAACCACAGGACCUGGGAAUAGUAAGUCAGCAAAAUCUACAGCGGUGCCUCCAGGACCUCCGGUGUAUUUGGAUCUGGUGUACAUUCCCAACCACAGCAAUAGCAAGAAUGUUGAUGUUGAGUUUUUCAAGAGGGUGCGGUCAUCCUACUACGUGGUGAGUGGGAACGAUUCUGCAGCUGAGGAGCCAAGCAGAGCUGUUCUGGACUCCCUGCUGGAGGGCAAGGCCCAGUGGGAGAGUAACAUGCAGGUGACCUUAAUCCCAACCCAUGACUCAGAAGUGAUGAGGGAAUGGUACCAAGAGACCCAUGAGAAACAGCAGGACCUCAACAUCAUGGUUUUGGCAAGCAGCAGCACUGUUGUUAUGCAAGAUGAAUCUUUUCCUGCAUGCAAGAUUGAACUGUAAGAACAAGACCAUGCACCACAAGAUUUAACUUUGUUUCCAGAAAUUCUUCAAUUUGAAAACACCUUUUCUAAAAAUUCAACCCAUUUAUUUCAACUGCUGAACUGUAUACCUGCAAAAUG